AUGAAUACAUCACCGCAUUGUAAAAAGGAGAAGAACAAUAAAAGGAUACCUGAAACCAUUGAACCUUCACAGAUGCAUUCAGACCGCCAUGGUGGCGAAAGAAGAAGGGACGGAACGCAUGCGAAUGUGCUGGCCAAGGAGUCGUUGCUUCCUCCACAUGUUCCGGUGACUGUCACAUCGCCCAAGAAAAAUACGGUGGGAAAUUCUCAUGAUGUUAGUGAGGAGCAGGUUUGUUUAUCGCCAAAUGCUGAUGCACGGGGUCGAUCUGUCGUUCGUCGUAUUUGCGCGGAGGAAGAGGCGGCACGGCGAAGUCGUAUUUGUUUGCAGCAGUUAGAGUCAUGGAAGAACCUGCGCGUGAACGCGUGGAGGGAGCGGAUGACGCUGCUCCGACCAGAGGAGCGGUCUGCGUCGCUGCAGAGUUUUAGCGUGCGCACAAGAGAGGACUAUGAUUCCAGCAGCGACCUGCCAUCGCUGUCAGACUCCCCACCAUGUCCGUGUGAUCCGUUCAACCGCACACUGAGCCCGCCGCAGACUUCGGGGGCUCGAGCUCAGCGUAGCUCUCUCCUGGAGAAGUUCUACGAAGGCGAGGUAAUGCGGGAGGCAAGGCGCCGCGUGAGGCGGGAGGAGCUGGAGCGGCAAACUCAAGAGGCCGCGGAGCGGCGUAAGGCUGAGGAAGAUAAGAGGCGACGUGAACGCGAGGCGGAGACGCGGCGCUGGAUGGAGGAGAUGGAGGCGCUGAGGCAACAGGAGCGCGAAGCCCAGCAGCGGCUGCGGGAUGAGUUGGUGCAGCGGGAGGAAGCGGAGGAGAACGCGCGUCGGGCCGCGGAUCGCGCGAAAGGGGCCGAGGAGCGGCUGGAGUCUGUGCGGCGGGCCUACGAUGGGGCCAAGGCGUCCAACAAGGACGCGCUGGAUGGGCUGCAGUUACGUGCGCAGCAGGUGGAGAUGCUCUCGACGGAAAUUCAACGCCUGAAAGACGCAACGGAGGCGCUGCAGCACCAACAUACAUUAGACGAGCGGCGGCAACAACGGCGAAUCGAAGAACUUGAGCACGAGCUUGCCGCCGCCAGUCAAAGGGAGGCAACGGCCUCCAAUUGUCUGAGAGAAACUCAGCGUGAGUUAGAGGAGUUGCGGCAGUCCUACGAUGAAAAGGAGAAGGCAAUGCGAGAUGUGAAUGCGUCUUUGCGACAAAUGCAGCGCAGGACGGAAGACAACGAGCAACAGUUAUGUGCAGCUACAAGUGCAGCAGAGGAGGAGGGCCGUCGGGCGGACGAACUGGCGCUGCAGUACAAGGAGGCACAACAAACAAUGGAGGAUCUUCGCGUGGAGUUGCAGCGUUGCCGUGAAGACGCGACACAAUCGCUGAAGGAUCAGGCGGCGCGUUUUGAGGCUCUUAUCGCAGCGAAUGAGUCUGCCGCCGAUGCUGCCCUGCGGCAGCUGCAGACAGAUCUUGCGGCGUUUCGCCAACGAUAUGAAGAGCUGCGUCAGGAGCGGGCGGCUGAAAGCGCCGCAACCGAGGCGGAAUUGGGAGCGCAGCAGCAGGAGGCAAGGCGGCUUCACGAUAACAUCAGCGAGUUGCAGAAAAGAAUUGACGCCGACGCCGCAGAGUUGGCGGGGUGCAGGCGAGAGUUACAGGAGGAGAUUUUGCGCAACGAUGAGGCAGAGCGACUGCUGCGCAAGGCAGCUGCGGAUAUUUCAGCGAUGAGUGCGGGGCUUUUGGAACUGCAGAAGGAAAGAGAUGGGGGGAAUUUACGGUGCGAGCGACUCGAGGCGGUGAUACGCGAUGCAAACAGCCAGCCGCAUCAUGCCAGGAAUGCCGUGAGCAAACAACAACCACUACAAAAUCAGCGGCCUUGCAUUAAUGAAGCGGCCGCGUUGCGGUGUCUGUUCUUGCGGGAUGAAAGAGAGACGGGCUUGCGCGACUUGCCAGAAUUGCCUGCGCAUGCGACGGGCCGGCACUCAUCUUCUGCUCCGCAGGCGGGGACCAGUUGGCUUCAGCCGGUGGAGUCGCAGGCAUCCCGCCGCGAUUUCCUGGCGAGGUCCGUCGGGCACGUGGACACGUCGCUGGACACACGGCUACGGAGUUUAGCAGCGAAGGUGGAUUAUGCGGUGGAGGCAAUGCUCUUCGCAAGAGAUUACGCUCUUCGGAGGCCACGACGAGAAGAAGAAGAGCAGCAGCAGCAGCAGCAGCAGCAGCAGCAACAACAACACCUGACCUCUACCUCACCGCUUAGGGAUGAAACUUCCCGUGGGAGAGACCGCCGCCUUGCCGCGGAGUGCGUCGUGAAGCUGAUGGAAGCCGUGACUCUGCUGAACGAUGCAUUGCAGACUGUCGAGCCGAUCACUUCAGGGGAUGCCACCGGCGUUGUGGGCCAUGAGAAGAACUGCCGACUCGCGAAGCACCUGAGGAAGCAGCGGGAUAUGCUGCACCUUCUGCUGGAGGAGAUGCGGGAUGUGGACACGUCGGGGCGGCGGCGUAUGGCCUCUGCGGCCGUCCUUCUGUGUGACCCUCUCACUGAGCCUCUUGCGACCGCCGUAGCGGAGCGGCUGGGCACGGUGUUGGAGCGUCUUCAACGCGGGGAGCCGUCUCGCACGAGUCAUUCAACUGGCCACGCUGGCGGUGACGCUGGGGUUCUAAAGGGCGACAAGAUCACUUCCUUCACAUCGCCCCCACCUCGGAUUCCUCGAGGAGUAAAAAAAGAUGAUGAUUGUGAAGUGGCAGCGAACGGUAGCGCCACGCGUCAAGUUUACGUGAAUGGAAGAAUCCGUGGGCCAAUCCCACGCCACACAUUUGGUUUUACUGGGGGGCGCCUACAGGUGUCAAACAACGGCACACGUCUGCAGCGCCUGUUGCUUCCAAGUUUAUUGGACACCAUGACGGUCUCCGCGCUCGGGGCACUGGACCACCGAACAAUUCUCACUACGCAGCAGUCUGCUGCUCCGUCGUGUUUCGAGUACACAAUACGGGUAUGUAUGCAUUGCGAUGGUCUGCUUGUAGGGUUUGCUGACCGCUAUCUGCCUCUGGAGGGGUUUGGUCCGGCGCAGAACUCAUUGCGGUACACAAACUGCUACUAUCUGCAUUUGGGCCGCGGCACUUUAUUUUGUCCGGCGCAGGGGAUGGUGGACGUGCCUUACCGUGCGUUUCAGCGCGCUGCUCCUGGCAUCACCACGAAGGAACCGCUGAGUCACUGUAACAACAACAAGGAUGGCGCAACUACUACUACUACUACUACUAAUACAAAUAAUAAUACAGCUGCUGUGCGUAUCGGUGAGGAGAUCAGCUGCUCUCUUGACACGGUGACGCGGACGAUACGGUUCCGUCGGGACGAUGUUGACUGUGGCGUUGCCUUUGAGCGUGUCAGCCUGAAUCGAUCGCUUUUUCCUGCUUUUGAGGUGAACUCACGGGGCUGUACGAUAGAGUUCGUAUGA